AUGUCUCCAAAGAAACGACGUGGAGGGUCAAGAGGUCGUGGUAGAGGCAUAUCGAAAAGAAGAGGUCCAAAACCACGUCAACCUAUGUCUCCAGACACUGCUACAGCAGAUGAUACUGAUGCUGAGGGUACGUCCACAGAUGGUAAUGUGUCUUUCAAACAGGUUAUGUCACCACCACAGUCACCGACUAGAAAAAAACAUGUUGAAUACAACGAAGAAAGAGAGCUGUCUUUACCACGACUAAAACCUACUGUCAUUCCAGAAAAUUCUACCUUCCUGUCAUUGCUGAGCCGUGAUAAUAAAUCUGAUUAUAUAAUGACGGACGAUGAAUUGGACCAUAUUCAAUGGGAUCUUGAAGCAAUGUUAACAAAUGUAAUCAUACGCAGAAAUACAAUAAGAGAGGAAUUAAGCACUUUUGCAUCCAUGCAGUUUGCUCGUUCCUUACAUAGAAUGGCUAAAAACCCCAAACUUCCUACAAUUAGACCAAGAGCUGCUGCAGAAAUUUCACCCGUUAAUGAAUGUCGUAAGAUGAAGGUUGAAUUUGAUCCUACUAGCAAAGAGCUACCACCAAGCAAAACUGAAUCAGCAAAUAAAUUUUGGUCCCUUGUUGAACCAUAUCUGAGUCAUGUAGAGAAAGAAGAUCUUAAAUGGUUAAGUGGUCUAGUUAAAUCAUAUAACAGCGAUAAAAAAUUGUAUGAAAUACCACCUUUGGGUGAACAUUAUGCAAAGAAUUGGGCUAAAGAAGAGUUAGAAAUGCAAAAAAACCAAUCAUCAUGUUCACCUCGUCCGCCUAAAAAACUUAAAUUUUCUGAACGCAUAGCCCCCGAUGUUGUAGAACUUGUGGAUAAAGCUAAUUCUGCUAUUAAUGAUGGUAAUGCAUACACACCAGUUUACCAAAGAGUUGUAACAGCUCUUAUGGAUCAUUCAAAUAUGUCUUUAGAGGAUGCUGAAGAACAUUUUUCAGAAUUUGAUGAUGUUGAAGAAAAACCACAAGAAAUGAGUAAUGUUUGUAAGGAAUUUUAUGCAGAACAAAAUGUUAAGAAACAAUUGCAUAAAUUAGGGCUCAUGGGUCGUAAUUCUAAACCGGGACUAUCACCAGAAGAAAUGCUACCUUCUUUGACUAUAGCUGAUGAGGAAAAUGAUGAAGUUUUAGAAGAAUUAAACAAGUGUGAUAAUGCUUUAAGUCAAUUAAGAGAAAUGAAUAAGAAUCACUUGACACAUUUAUUGGGAAAAUGCCGUAAAGAUUAUUAUCAACAAAUUAUAAAAAAUAAAAUCGAAAAAGUAAACAAUGAGAUUUUAAAUUUUAAAACACAACAAAAUGAAUCAUGGACAAAGGAAAAAAAAAUUGCUCAAGUGGCUGAAGAAGAUGAUGAACUGCAUUUUUUAUUAAACCAACGUGGCACUUUUCUAGCACAAUUGCAAUCAGUGUCAACUGAAUCCAAUAAUUUCUUAAGCCCGUCUGUUUCAGAUGAUUCAGAAUCUAGUGAUGAAGAUUGUGAACCAUCUAAUGUACAUAUUAAAACUGAACCAUCUGAAAAUGACACUGUCGUAAAAAUGGAAAUUCUAUUAAAUGAUGAGUAUCAGCCUGAAGAACAUGUUGAAAUUGAUAUUAAACAUGAAAUUGUUGAUGAGAUAAUGGACUUUGAAGAAGCUAAUGACCAUGAGAAGGAUAUAGAAUGUGAUGAAAAUGUUGGCAACACAGAAGUUAAUACUGAAGAAGUAGAAAAGACUGUAAACGAAGAAAAUGAAACAGAAAAGUGUGAGGAAGGCAAGGUAAACCAAGAGGACCAAACAGAGUUGCAAACUAAUGUUAAGGUCAAUCCACUGGUUAAAAUUAAAGAAGAAGAAGGUAGUUGUUCAGAGAAAUUGACUAUUGAACGACGGCGUAAGAAGCCUAAAAAGGGUAUCUCAGAGAGUGAAAUGGCAUCUAAAAUUGAAGCAAGAAAACCAAUUAAAAUUAAACAGGAACCUGAUUCUGAUCUUGAAUUAGAUCCUUCGGAGGAUAUAAUUGAUGGCGUUAAAAGAGAACUUCGUCCUCGGAAGUUAAAUGAGCCACAUAUUUAUUUUGAGCCAUAUGAUGGAUCCACAAGUGAAGGGAGUGAUUUUACUGAUCUGUCAGAUUGAUAUUAAUGCCAAGCAUGCAACAAGUUGUACACUGACAACUUAAGUAUAGGUCUCACUAUUUAUAAUAAAAAAAAAAAUUUAAGUCUGAUUAAUUUUUCCAUCUUUAUAAUUUGUUCCCAUUAAUAUUAUAUUGUAUCAAAGUAUAAGAUUAGCUAUAUGAUUUAGUAAUAAUAAUUACCUAAUAAGAGAUAGAAAUGCAAUGUUUUACUUUCAAUUGUAUCCCCAUAUCAGACAGACACAGAGAUUGUUAUGUAUAUCAUCUAGAUCUACGUGGUCUGUCAAGAAUAUUAGCCAUUAAUCAUAAUUUAUAUUUAUACUCAUUUUUUACUGUUUUUAAAACCGGCCAAGUACUCCAAGAAUAAAUUGUAUUGGCUUAAUCAUUAACAAA